AUGUCAGUGACCGAGUCAGAGAAGUUGACCACUUAUACUCUGUUGAUGUCUGUUGACUAUGAGAGUGGCACGUUGGACUCGAAUGUUACCAAUCUCCAAUGGACAAAUGCAAAUGCUUCUGAUGCAGCCACUCUUGUGACACCAGGCUUCAAUGGCUCAAAUUAUGCCAUCGCACACAAGGUUGAGGUUGGCAACAGCGGCUACUUCUCCAACGACAAAUAUAGGAGUGAGAGCUCAACAAUCGAUAUCAGAAAUGCAGGCACAUACAAGCCGGGCGACGAACGUCGUUACGAGAUCUCAUUCAAACUGCACAACUGGAUCGAGGGGCCAUACGUCAGCAUAAUCUACCAGUCCAAGCUCAGUGGCGACUAUCCGGCAUGGUUUUUCGUUGUAUUCAACAACUCUAUUAGAUUCAGAGAGCGACAGCACAACAUCACCAAGUUCAUCGUCUCAGACUACCGCCCAAUUGUCGACAAAUGGAUCAGCCUCAGAGUCGACUGUCUUUGGGCUGAUGACCAGACUGGCUACCUCAAUGUCUCGGCCAUGCUGCCCGGAGACACUGACUACUCUUGGAACUGGUAUCAGGACAAAAUACAGACAUGGAGUCAAGAUGCCAACAUCUCAACUGGUUACACCAAAUGGGGAUUAUAUCUCCCGGAUGCUCAACCCAAUGUCGGUGACCCUUCAAAUACAAGAGUCAUCUAUCAUGACAACCUUAAGAUAUACCAAAUCAAUCAUACCGAAUCAACUACCUCCACAACAACAGGUGGUCCUUCCAACUCCAACCAAUUGAUACCGAGUUUGGUCACUAUACUUAUUCUUGUUGCCGCCAUCUUCGCACUUUAA